GGAGACUCUCAUAAAGCACAUGCCCUCGCCUACAGAUUUCUCAAAGAAGACUUUUCUCAAGCCCCAAAACUGAUAAUGGUCAUGGUGACAGCAUGGCCAAGUGUUUUCUCCUGUAACAGCCCUUUAUGCAGAGCCAUUCACAUCGUGUGCAAAAUGAAGGCAUACGGAAAGAUGUAUUAUUUGCUCAGCAAGUUUCUGCACUGGGAUACAGAGCCUCCUGGAGACAUCUACAGAGCCAUCACCAGCACACUGAAGGCUCUUCUGAAAGACAAAAGUCUGACUUUCCAGAAGAGCAGUUGGUAUGGUGAUGAUCUCUGUCCUGCUGCCUGGGACUACGUCUUCAGCCUGGACCUUCUCUGUGCACAACUGGGCUGGAUUUGGACCGUCUCCCAUGUUAUACGAAAAAGUGUUUGGCUCAUCUUGAACACGUGGCUGAAACAAACACAAACAGAGGAAACACAGUUCAGAAACGUCUCUGUAGCAGCAAUAUUCAGGCUACUUGGUAAGUUUCCUGUAAAUCCUGUUUUAGAGCAUUAUCUCACAUUAUUUCUGGAUUCUUCUGUUUUCACGCAUCUUCUUUGUCCAUCUCAAUCAGGCGACUUGGCCAAAAUGGCCUUAAGGAGAACGUGGCAGCAUCAGUGGAGGAUCUGGUGA